GCUUCUUCUCCUCCUUCUUUCCCACACUCAUCCCUUCUCUUCCUUUUUCGUACCAACAACCAGCUACAAGAACCCCACCAUGGACGCACAUCUCAGCCAGUUCUUUGCCCAGGUCGACAAGGACCAGGACGCCUAUGUCCAGCGUCUUCGUGAGGUCGUUGCCAUUCCCAGUGUGAGCUCCGACGUUUCGAUGCGUCCCCAUGUCUUCCGCAUGGGUGAAUGGGUCCAGAAGGAAUUGAAGCGCCUCAACGUGGAAUACGAAAUUCGCGAUCCCGGCACCCAUGUCAUGGACGGACACACUCUUCAGCUGCCCCCUAUCGUCUUGGGUGCCUAUGGUCGUGAUCCCGCCAAGAAGACCGUCUUGGUCUAUGGCCAUUACGAUGUCCAGCCCGCUCUUAAGGAGGAUGGUUGGGCCACCGAGCCCUUCGAGCUGGUCGAAAACGAGAAGGGCGAGCUUUGCGGACGUGGCUCUACCGAUGACAAGGGACCCAUUCUCGGCUGGUUGAACGCCAUCGAGGCUCACCAGAAGUUGGGUCUUGAGCUCCCUGUCAACCUCCGCAUGUGCUUUGAGGGUAUGGAGGAGAAUGGAUCAGAGGGCUUGGACGAUAUUAUCAUUUCCGAGGCUAAGGGCUGGUUUAAGGACGUUGAUGCCGUCUGUAUCUCUGACAAUUACUGGCUCGGCGAUAGCAAGCCCUGCAUCACCUAUGGUCUUCGUGGAAUCUCUUAUUACAAGCUCGUCAUCAAGGGACCCGGCCGUGAUCUCCAUUCUGGUGUCUUUGGCGGCACCGUCCACGAGCCCAUGACCGAUCUGGCCUACAUCUUCUCCAAGCUGGUCACUCCUCAGGGUCAGAUCCUCAUCCCUGGCAUCAUGGACGAUGUUGCUCCUCUGACUGAUGCUGAGGAGGCCUCGUACCCCCCUCUGGACUUCAAUCUGAGCACCCUCCACAACGCCAUUGACGCCAAGAACACCAUCCACGACAACCACAUCGAUGCCUUGAAGGGCCGCUGGCGCUACCCCUCCCUCUCCCUCCACGGAAUUGAGGGCGCCUUCUCUGCUCCUGGCGCCAAGACCGUCAUCCCCGCCAAGGUCAUUGGAAAGUUCUCGAUUCGUUCAGUCCCCAACAUGGUCCCCGAGAAGAUCGACAGCUGCGUUGUCAAGUACAUCAACCAGGAGUUUGCCAAGCUCGGCUCCAAGAACCAGGUCGAGGUCGAGUGCCUCCACGCCGGCAAGCCUUGGGUCGCUUCCUUUGAGCACCCCAACUACGUCGCUGCUGCCAAGGCUGUUGAGCGCGUGUACAAGGUCAAGCCCGACUUGACUCGUGAGGGUGGCUCCAUUCCCGUGACCCUGACCUUCCAGGAUGCCCUCAACAAGAACGUGCUCUUGCUGCCCAUGGGCCGCUCCUCCGAUGGCGCUCACUCGAUCAACGAGAAGCUCGACCGCUCUAACUACAUUGAGGGAACCAAGCUCCUUGGCGCCUAUCUCUGGGAGCUCUCGACCCAGAACUUCUAAGUGGUUUUUGAAUCCUGUCGUACUCCCACUUUCUUAAAGAUGCCUCGUGGACUCCUUUCUUGAUCCAAUCAAUCAUGCAUACAGGGCCUAUGAAUGCACCUUCUAUGUAGCAUAUCCUCACUCUUGAACACCAUUCAACGACACAGAACAUCGAUUUCCCAAUAAAUGCGCGAAGCGAUUCCGAACCCCAAGCGCGUUUAAAUAUAAUACUUUUUUUUUUUUUUUUUUACCACGGA